AUGAAACAAGCUUUUUCCUUGACAUUGAUAAUAUUCCUUGCUUUAAAAUGUUUUGCAGUCGAUCCACCUGCAGCCGAUCCUACUACAGUUGCUACUACCCCUGCUGCCGCUGCUGCCGCUGCUGCUGCUACUCCAAAUACCGACCAAACUGCCGCAGAGAAUACAAUUCAAACGAAUCCUACAACCAAUACUUUACCAACUACUAAUACUUUACCAGCAACCAAUACUUUACCAACUACUAAUACUUUACCAACAACUAAUACAUUGAAUACCAAUACUCUUCAAACAACUACCCCAGGUCUUGUGAAUCCUACUACCACAAAUCUUUCACCAACAACCAGCUCUUCAAUUUUAACUCCAGCAACUGGAACAAAAACUGGAACAAACACUGGAACUACCACUGGAACAAACACUGGAGCAAAUACUGGAACAACCACUGGAGCAAAUACUGGAACAAAUACAUUGUUGAAUACGGCAACCACGGGUACUUUAAAUACCAAAUUAUCAUCAAGCUCUUCUUUACUAGAUGGUGAUAAUACAGCUACAAUGAAUCCUGACCAAUUAAUUGCAUGGAGCGCUACGAGAACGCUUAAAACUGGCUCGAGUAUCACCUCGGGAAGCUCGUCGAUUUCGACUAAAACUAAUACAAAUGCCGCUCCACCUCAAACCCAAAAUCAAUCAGUUCAACCAGAUACUUUUCCAUCUUCACUUUCAGCAGUUACCACGAGAGUAAUGAGAUCCACAUCAGCACCACCAGCAAAUAAUGAUGCUCAAACAAGUAGUGGAAGUGGAUCAGGUUCAAAUUCAGGUUCAAGUCAAUCUCAAGCUGGUAAAGGUUCAAAUUUAUCUCCUUUUAAUUCAUUUGCUAUUAUUUGUAUUUCUUAUUUGGGUUUUUUGAUUUAA